AUGGUGUGCCGUAACGAAGAACUUUACGCGGAAGCGGACAUGGUGUACCGGCGGAUGACACGUGGAAAACGUCAACAUCUUUCCCGGCCUUCUGAAACAGUCAUGGAAAAUCGUCUUCGCUUCUUUAGUCGCCUUAUGAGGAAACCACUAGAUCGUUUUGUCCAAGUUGUCCUGAGGAUGCUUCCAGAUCCUACUUGGGAAAGACUCCCUGGUCGUAAAAGAGAGUUCUGUACGGAGGUGGUGGAGUAA